CUACAACAUAGUCUCUAGUAGUCACUUGUAACUAGUGAGAGAAAUCAAAUAAAAAUGAAAUUCUUCAUUGUGUUCGCUGUCUGUGUCGCCGCGGCGUCAGCCCGCUUCAUCGUCCCCGACGUGGCUGCUGCGGAAGCCGCUGAGAUCAAGGAUAUCAUUGCGGCUAUCCAACAUCCCAGCACCGACCCUGCUACAGCUGCCGCACUUCAACAGUUGCUUGACAGUCUCCUCAACAACCAAGAAUCCCCCAUCGACGUCGGACCCGUCAUCAUUGACGAAGACUCGCCCAUCGACGUCGGACCCGUCAUUAUCGACGAAGACUCGCCCAUCGACGUCGGACCCGUCAUCAUUGACGAUUCUUCCGUAGGACCCUCUCCUUCAGUUUCCCCUCUGGUCCAGAUCAUCAUCAACGUCAACUCUAACGCCAACAAACCUCAGCCAGGCCCCGUCAUCGAAGACGAGAGUGAUGCGCACAUUCCUGACCAGCCCGUUAUCAUCGUCGACGAACCCGAAAUCAUAGAAGAGCCUGUUGUUCCUGAGCCAGUUAUUGUUGUUCCUAUUCUACCCACCCCUGUCGCAGUCCUCCCAGACACCUUGAACUAAAGAUAUUUUAAGAUGAAAUAUUUCAAUAAUUGACAAAUGUAUUACUUGAAUAAUAAUAUAUAUAAGAAUAUUUAUUAACAUUUAAA